AUGCCACAACGUCCAACAAACGACUUUGAUGCUCGAGGUGCGGAUGAGCUGACCCUACGGCGAGGCGACAAGGUUGAGCUCCUUGAGCUCGACGAAGGUUUCGGGGACGGCUGGUACCUUGGUAGGCACGUAACGGAAAAUCGAACAGGCCUGUUUCCUGGAGGUGGCAUAGUUUAUACUGUGAUCGCUCCCAAGAUCGGUGUCAGGAAGACAAAGGAUGCUACGCUCUCUGCAGAGCCCCUUUGGGACACUGCUACUCCUGAGGCCGGUUCUCCAUCUCUGGGCAGCAACUGUGACCCUGUCUCUCCAGUGUCGAAUGACGAAACUACACCUCAGCCCUCAAGGCAUGUCAGCGCCAUUGACAUGAAGCCCUUGUCUGAUACGGAAGCCGAAUCAGGUAGCGGCGUCGCAACCGGCCACUUGUCGCAACAGCGGCCGGCUUCCGCGGGCUCUGCACAGCCAUCUCCAACCAUUCAGCGGACAAUUAGUGAGACACUAGGGAAUAUGUCUAUCAGUGGAGAGGAAAGCCCCGUUUUGAAUGAGACAUUGAGUGUGAUUGACGAACACAUUACCAAUUUCAGUACUCCACGACAUAGCAUUGCAACCCAGGAAAAUCAUAGCGUGCAUGAUUCCAGUAGUGAGUACAGCAGUUAUCCCGAUCAUCGCAUGUCGUACAUUCGUGGUGAGGAGACCGACGAAGAGGAAGAACAAAUUCCAAGCGAGGCACAGGUUCGAAAGUGGGACCAUCGUCAAAUGGCCCGCCAUCUGAGAGAAAUCGGGGUCGAUCCAAAACACUGCGAUAUAUUUGAAUCCCAGGAGAUUUCUGGUGAUGUCCUCUUAGACAUGGACCAAGAAUUCAUUUAUAUGAGGGAGUUCGAUUUCGGAGUCAUGGGGAGGAGACUCAAGACAUGGCAUAAAAUAAGAGCUUUCCAAGAGGAGAUACAAGGCCCAAGGCACUUGAGGAAGGCAAGCUCUCAUGGCCCCGAAGAAUACGAUCGAUCCCAGACGAAGUCAGUGAUGUCAGGUUCUUAUCUUCCCCGCAUCCCUAGCUUGGGUGAGAGACAUCAUCACAACCCGCGCAGCUCUAGAGACAGGAGUACAGUGAAGUAUCGUGACACAUCUUAUGGAACACAAGCUUCUGCUCCUCCAUUAUCCCAACCACAUGAUGCCGAUGCCACUACCAGACCGUCCGCGGACUCCAUUCGCCGGAGCAACCACCAUCGAUAUUCUUCUAUUGAAAACACAUCCGUCUUCCCCUUGGCCGAUUCUAGCGCAUUUUCUGCAUCAAGGAAAGCACCAGCUCCACCGCAUGAGAAGAAGCCCUCCUUCGAUCGUGGUUGGACCAUGAAUGCCCCUUUAACAGCCAAUAGCAGCAGCAAUGGACAGCGGCCAAGCAGUUCCUUAGCGGCAACCAAGCAUUUCUACAAAACUGAGAGCAACAAAACGGAUGAUUCUAGUAAUGGUUUUGGUGGUUCUCCUGACAUUGAUCGAGGAUAUUUCUCGGGCGGCGAUGUUGAAGGCCAAAAACAGCGCAGGGUUCUUCGCAAGAGGGACUCCAGCAAGAGGAGCUACAGCCACUCUAGACAUUCAAGUCUUGCUGCAGUGGCUGACGAUAAGAAAAAGAGACACACUAGAUUCGGCAGCACAGGUUCUAUGAGAGACUUGACUUCUAUGAAGCCAUUGUACCCGAAGACGCACUCUCAAGAUAUCACCAACAGUGCUCUUGAAUUGCUUGAAGACGAAUCCCACUCACCUACCGUUACAAACCUGGAGACAACACCUGAGUCUCCAACAGGAUUUCUGUCAUCCAUUGUUGGUUAUGGAAAGAGUCACGAAGCUUCUGGGCGGUCGUCCCCAUUACCAUCCACUUCUAGCUUAAAGGCUAUCACGCCAAAGGUAAGAAGGACUAUUGGGCUUCGUGCUAUAUCCGAUGCCGUUACUGGCAGCGAAAAGACUCGUAUCAGCUCUCCCAUACCUUCAUCUGGCAGGGAUUUACCACAGUCACCCACUCGAACAGAUUCUAGCACACCAUCGGGGACUGGGACGAGCAGAAGCCUCGAAAUGGAUAGCAUGGAGAGCUCCAGACUCGAGGGUCUCACGGUUAUGAAGAAUGGGAAUGGAAGCCAACGAAGCAAGUCGAAAAAAGAUACAAGUGCCUAUCGCCGUGGCCUAGAGAAGAAAACUCCGAAGGAACAGAUGAAAGAUGCCGACUAUUAUGGCUGGAUGAAGAAAAAAUCUUCUAACCUAAUGACAACUUGGAAACCGCGUUUGUUCAUCCUCAAGGGCCGUCGCCUGUCAUACUACUACUCUGAGGACGAUACUGAAGAGCGCGGCCUAAUUGACAUCUCCUCUCACCGUGUGUUCCGGGCUGAUCAAGAUGCAAUUACAUCCCUGCAUGCCACUCUAACGAGAACCAAGCCCCUGCCUACUACCACAUCUAACAAUGAUGUUCAGCAUGAAGAAACUGAGCCUGAGGAAAAGACCGGGGGUUCCAGACGCAACAGCUCCGCAGAACCACCAUUUAUCUUCAAACUGGUUCCACCAAAGGCUGGCAUUUCCCGCGCUGUCCAGUUCACUAAACCAGCCAUUCACUUCUUCCAAGUUGACAAUAUCCAACAGGGCCGUCUCUGGAUGGCGGCCAUAAUGAAAGCUACGAUUGAACGAGAUCUAAAUCUCCCUGUGAAGACAACGAAUAAACAAAAGACCAUCACUUUAAAGCAAGCACGCUUACUUGCUCAAUCUUCCCCCACUCCUCCUCUUGAUUCAACCUCAAGGCCACCAAAGCCAGAGGAAGAGAGCUCUCGUAAUACGUCUACUUCUAAUAGCGCAACUCUUGCAACAACUGCGGAAACUAGCACUACCGAUUUCCAAAAGAUUGCUAUAGAUACUGGCUCUACCUCUCUAUUCCCAGAUUCGGUUUCCACGGAUCAGACCCAAACUUCCAGUUAA